AUGCAUAAAAUAAUCCUGACUCCUAAAUUAUGUAGUUUCCUAAUUACAGUCAUAUACAUCAAAAUGUGGCAGUGCCAACCUGCCCUCUUGGCGUAACAGUACAGAUCUUAUGACUACGGCGAACUGAUAGGCUCAAGAGAUUUGUAUCCGGGCCUGUAGCUGUCGAAGGAAGGCACUUCGGCACCAAAGACUCCAAGGAGUUGAUCUUUGGAAUCAAGCUACUUCAAUCGCCCGCCGCAGGCCGCAGAAAUCCAUAAGCUGCCCAUCUCAAGACUGUAGCCUCAAGGCAAGGAGGAGACAGAAGGCACCGGAAGUGGCACCCAUUAUUUGGGGGAUAGACCCUCUGGGCUGAAAAUGAACCUUACAUAUAGGAGGUCUUUGGUGGCUCGUCACUAAUAUGGCUAAAGUCUAUCUUUAAUAACCUAGCCUAAUCUAAUCCUAAUUACAGCCUCAGAAGCAUCAUCAUUUACAAAUAUUGCGACACCUGCACAGUCCUGAGCUAAAGAGACUGUUUCUUCAUUAAGUGUUGUUUUGAAGAAUUUUGGCUUAAUGUACGCUUCCAUUUGUUUUUCCUGAAUUGCUGACUGAAUUCCGUCCAUGACAUAUUGCUUACCUCCAUAUACCCCAAGUUUGGCCAUUGAAUUUUUUAUCAGAAUUGAGGAAAAAUGUCGAGCUCUAUUCAUAUUAUAA